AUGGCCGGAGGCUUUGAGAAGUCGGUCAAAGGGGCCACAAAGCUCAAGCUCGCGGCUCCCAAAUCCAAGUACAUUGAACAGAUUCUUGUGGCAACCCACACCGGCGAGGCAGGUGUCGCAGAAGUAUUCCGAACACUCCAAAUACGACUUCGAGACUCAGCAUGGACCAUUGUAUUCAAAGCGCUCAUAGUUCUCCAUCUUAUGAUCCGAGAAGGUCAACAGGAUGCUGCGUUGGGAUACCUGUCCGAUAACCCGAAGAAGAUUGCGCCCAGCAAUUUCUCGGAAGCCCAAUCGCAAGGACAUAAUAUCCGACGGUAUGCCGAAUACCUAAUCAAACGCGCCCAGGCAUUUGAAGCAUCGAAAACCGAUCACGUACGAAGCGGACCGGGAAAGUUGAAGAGGAUUGGUGUGGAGAAAGGCCUUCUGAGAGAGACGGAGAUUGUACAGAAGCAGAUCCGCGCGCUAUUGCGGUGUGAUCUGUUGACCGAUGAACCCGAGAAUGAGAUCAGUUUGACAGCUUUCCGCCUUCUUACUCUUGAUCUACUGACCCUGUACUCGGUCAUGAACGAGGGGACGAUUAAUGUUCUGGAACACUACUUUGAGAUGUCCAGGCCUGAUAGUUUACGCGCCUUGGCAAUCUAUAAGACUUUCACAAAACAAACAGAGGAAGUUGUGCAGUUCCUGGGAGUCGCAAGACAUUUCCAAUCCGCCACUCGUCUGGAAAUUCCCAAGCUCAAGCAUGCCUCUACCGACCUCGCUCGGCUUCUUGAGGAUGAUCUCAACGACCCUGAUUUCGAUCUUCGCCGCCGAGAGUACUUGGCCAAGAAGGGCGUUCCGGUUCCGGCCUCCAUGAGCGCGAGUAACGACGCCCCGAAGCCCGCACCAAGCGCACCGGCGCCUACCCCAGCUAGGCAAACCGAACAAGCCAAGCCAGCGCCAGUCGAUUUGAUCGACUUCUUUGAUUCAAUUGAACAGAAUCAACAGCCGAUGGGUCAGCCGGCUGGCCAGCCCAAUAUGCAGUACCAACAAACAGGGUUCCAACAACAGCAGCCCUUCUAUGCUCAACAGACUGGCUUCCAACAGCAGCAGCCUCAGAUGACUGGAUAUGUCCAGCAACAACCUCAACAGGCCCAGGCCACCGGAUUUGGUCAACCAACCCAAUUCGGAGCCCCUUACCAAGCACAAGGGCCCAAUAAUCCCUUUGGCCAGCAGCAACAGCAGCAGCAACCACAGCAACCCCAACAACAGCAGCCUCAGCAGCAACCGCUUCAAGCCAUGCCAACUGGUGCUGGAUUUGGUGGGUACACAGCGCAGCCACAACCGUAUGGGUACCAGUCGCAGUUGGCACCCAUUCCCCAGGAGGGCGUUGCUUCUUUCCAACAGCAGCAACUACAAACCCCUCAGCCUUUGCAGCCUCAGACGACUGGUACCAAUCCGUUCCGGCAGUCAAUGUUGAUGAAUGCUCCCACAGGCGCUCAGCCCGCUGCUCGUCCUCUCAGCCGACAGAACACCAAUCCAUUCGCCCGGCGAUUAUCAACCGCUAACCAGCAAUACAACCCCUCCGAGCCAUUCCAGAAUGCGCCCUCCCAGCAGGCGCCACCGCUCCCUCAAGCGCAGCCAAUCCAACCCCAGCGAACCGGAACCAAUCCGUUUGCUCGUAGUUCUCCCGCCCCACCCAGCAUGCCUCCGGCCGCGACUUUGCAGCCCAAUCCUACCGGGAGCACCAAUCCCUUCCGACAGAGCCAAUUUAUCAACCAGCAGACCGGACAAGGCUGGCAAUCCAGUGGACAAAGUGGCACGAUGGGCGGACUAGAACAGAUGGAGACGAUGCCGAUCUUUCCGCGACCCGGCAUGACCUAA